AAAUUUCGCCACGUUCACCUAAGGGUUAAUGUGUAAACAUGCAAUUGCCAAUUUGACAAAUCGAACAGUACUACCCUAAUCAAAAAAAAUUGUUAACAAAUUAUUGCUUGCCGGGCAGCAACGCCAAUAAACAACAAAUACUUGAGCAAUCAGAAAACCAACGCCAUUUUUCAACAAGUUAUGCUGAUAGUGAAAACCAAAAAGCAUUCGAAUUUUUAUUAAUCAUUUACAAGUUGGAAAUUUCGCAAAUCUGGAUGAAACUAGCGAAGUUAUGAUUGCCGCCUCUGAACCUUUGGAGUUCAUUCCUCGGGGUCGUCAGGCGGUUGAGGAACAUCCCGGGCCCACCGAUGCAAAACAACACAAUCACCUACCCACAGAACAUGUGCUGCUGCAACGCAUGCAAAAUGUGAAUAUAUCUGCUCAGGAUGAGUAUAAUGAAUUUUGGUGUGUGCGUGAAAUUUUCGAGGAUUUGAAUGACGAUCUAACCGGAGUGCGUGCCAAUCAUCAAAAUAAUGAACCAACAAAAGACAACGCAAGUAAAAAUCCCAAAAAUGAGAAAUGUGACAAGGACAAUAGUUGUAAUGAGACACAUUUGUUGCAACAACAACGUGCUGCUAAAGUGGAUGUCGAUUACAUGUGUGAAUAUUUGGUGAAUUCCGAGGAGGAAUUGUAUGUAAGAAAAAAUACAGCAGUGUGGACUAAAGGUCUAAUAGAUGAAAACGGUGUAAUGCCACAUUUAUGUUUCACAUGCGAGACUCCAAUUAAAUUUGCUUUCUUCUGCAAUAAAUCAUUUGUUUGCCGUGCACAUAACUCACGAAGCACAAACAAAAAUUCUAAUAAUAAAAAGCGCCAAGACUCAGAAGAGGAUGAAGACUUAAGCGUUAUUUGUCUGAUUGACAAAACUGCGCUACGCAUCUACUGCAGUAAUGGUGAGGAUUAUUUAUGUAAUCUUGAGUUUCCUGUUUCGCACGUAUGGUCCACUAACUAUGGCAUUCUAUUGGAAAAAAUACCUUCAAGUGCUAUCGUACAGAAUCAUGCCAUCUCCAUGCCGCGCCUAUUCUCACUCUCACAUUCACUGCAUGAAAUUUGCCCUGUAAUCUGCAAAACGGCAACAAAUGUUAUUAGUUAUGUUGUAGAGUCUGAUUACAAUAUCAUAUACACAUCGGAGCAUUCAGAUUUGGUGUUAUUAUAUGAUAAUAGAAUAGGAAAACAAUUUAUUUCACGUUUACGUAAGGCAACCGAAGAGGAGAUACAAUAUGUGGGCAUACAAAAUGAAACUGCAUUGGGCGGCACUGUUGGUGGCCUGCCACAUCAUUCAUUGAAUCGCUGUGCCGGUGGUGGGUUUGGUGCAACAGGCACACCAAAACACAGUACAGCAAAUAUGGGUCGCUCUAGCUUAGGUAAUCCUAAUACCAACUAUUCAGCACAUAUUGGAAAAUUUCUAACGAGUGCACACUCCUUGAGUGGUGCAUUGGGUAAUUUGAAUCGUACAGCCUCACCGUUGAAUAAUCUGCAAUCAACUAUCGGUCAGCAUUCGAUAUCAAUGCAAGAUAUACGAAAAGGAGGUCAAGCACAGCCCGCAAAACCCAUAGUGCCGGAACUGUGUUUAGAGCAUAUUUGGACUGAGAAUACGCAUGGAAACAAUCGCGAAUUCGGCGAGAUCGCAAAUCGCGCUUUUGAGCAUACCGAUUUAGUCGGUCAAACUUACUUUUGCUACCUGUUGCCAUUUUCUUGUAAACUGCAACUGGUGCGUCUACUCAAUUACGGCACAAAAGAGCUACAAGUGUCCAAUAAAAGUUUAUCCAUUCCAGCCAAAGAUGCGGUUCCUAUGGAGCGUCUGCGCAUGAUAGCCGUGUUAGAUCCAUCUGGCAGUUUAAUUUUGUAUACCGGCGCGGUUAUGGUCUCCAAAGUACAUGUCGCGGCAGCAAUGGGCAGUACAAGUGUUUGUGUAGUGACACCUACGCCCAACGCUACGACAAGUACUUUGGCGGGUAAGUCACCAAAUACAUCGUUUCCGAGGCGUAGCAGUCUUUUACCCACAAUACAAAAACCCACCGAUACAACCUUCGAUGAAGAGUUACAUUUAUUGUCACCUGUUCACCCACUACAACCACAAUUUCCAAAUCGUAAAACCAGCAAUUUUUGCACAAGUCUACGUGAUCCUGCCGGUAAUCGCCUCACUUUAGUUUAUCCCUAUGGCAAAAUGUAUCGCAUUGAGUUACCACAAUUCAACGAAACAAAAUUUAUUUCACGUUGUAUUGGCGCAAUGCGUCGCAUCUUGAAUCGAGAACAAUUUAUGCAGCUUAUUACACGUUGGUAUGGUGCACGCAAUCCACCGGGGUCGCGUGAUUAUAGCACUGAGCAGGAAUGGCAGAUUUUUCGUAGUGUUCUUACCGAUUUAAUGGGUUGCGCUGCUGCUACACAUGAAACCACAACCAAUGCUACAUAUUCAUUUAAUGCUGAUGAGCCAAAGAAGCGUCGUAAAAAUGAUGAAAUCACCGAAGGUACCGAUGCAGAUUGGGAAUUCAUGUUAGCUGUGCUAAAUGAAGAUGGUGAUUGUGCGAAAGAUGGCAUGGAAAUGGAAACCGAACAGGCUGCUGGUACUACUAUCGCAGAUAAUGUCGAUAUAAGCGCGUGCUUAUUCAAAAGCAUACCGGCAAUAUUUUUUUGCUUGCAUUUAUUGUAUGAAGACUUCAAGUUGGACGAGACAAUGCACGAAUGUCUGUUGCAUUUGGCGAAGUUUUUGCAUCAAUUCGCGCUCGAUAUGCAACUUAUGACGUAUGUAUUUCAUUAUACUUUGGAUUUUCCUCAAUUCGUUCACACCACAAAAAAAUUGUGUCAACUAACCGAGGAACAUGCUGGAUUAAUGACUCACAAAGAGUUGUUGCAAGCUCCUGCGCCGAGUGUUUACAAACAGUUGGAACUGAUUUUAAAAGGAAAUGAUAUCUUGCAGUAUAGUUUUGUCGAAGGUCUUAACGAUAUGAGUCGAAAUGUAUUGCAGGUGAUCUCACUUAUAAUGCAUGGUACACAGCGAAUCAAAGAUUGGAUUAAACCGCUAGAAUUCGCUGACUCAGUGCAGUCUUACUAUCCAAAGCGACCGAAGCGUUUCAUUUCAACGAAUGUGCCGCGUGUAGAGCAAGUUAUACAAAUGCUUUUAAAUAUGGAUAUUACACGCACCGAUAUCGCUCGUCUGCCAGUCGCCAUACAUCUCAUUAUCGCCGAGUGUUUGGAGCAAGCACGCAUUUCGCCGCCUCUUGGUUGUUCAGCUGCUACUUAUGAGUUGAUUUUGCGCACAGAAUUAGUUGCGCAUGCGCUCUUGCAAGACGAUACACCCUCUAAUAGUGUUAGUAGACCACAACAAAGCUCACAUGUUGAUGCUGAAGACUCGUUGUCAGCUCGUUGUCCACCCGCUACUAACGGCAUUUCACAUAUGGAAGCAGCACUCGAUGAUGGCAUGGAUAAUAUCGAUACGAAGUUGUUGAAUUUACGUUUUCCCGAUGAUAUGCGUAUUGCUGAAGUGCGUCGACUACUCACCUCGUCUGAACCUGUGCUUAUAGACAUUGUUCAAAAGGCCGGCAUGACUGAUCAUCGUUUCAUUGAGGAGCAGGAACGUCAGUUGUUUGCACUAUGUAAACGUACAAUGGCUUUACCGCUCGGACGUGGUAUGUUUACGCUACGCACAUCUAUACCAACACCCACUGAACUGAUGCCGAUACCGAAAUUGUGUUUGUCCGGCAAAGAGCCCGUUAAGGGUGCCACAAUUGAAAUGCAACAAAUUGAAUUACCAGCGAAUAUGAGUCUUUGGCCUUCAUUUCAUAAUGGUGUUGCAGCUGGUUUGAAAAUCUCCCCAAACGCACGUGAUGUGGAUUCCACAUGGAUUGUCUACAAUAAACCGAAAGCACAAGAAGAAGUAUCCACAGAGCAUGCCGGUUUCCUAAUGGGUCUCGGUCUGAAUGGUCAUCUCAAGACGCUUUCUUUUAUGAGUAUUUAUGAAUAUUUAGUAAAGUGUGAGGAAAUGACAAGUGUUGGACUGCUUUUGGGUAUUUCCGCUACACACCGUGGUACUAUGGAUACUACCACAACGAAGCUUUUGAGUGUGCAUAUUGAAGCGUUAUUACCGACAACAGCAUUGGAACUGGACAUACCACAGAAUAUUCAAGUGGCGUCGCUAAUGGGCAUUGGAUUUUUAUAUCAAGGUUCUGCGAAGCGUCACAUUGCCGAGGUAUUGCUGCAGGAAGUAGGCCGUCCCCCUGGUCCAGAGAUGGAGAAUAGUGUGGAACGUGAAUCGUACGCUCUGACCGCUGGUCUUGCUUUGGGUUUGGUAACUCUGGGCUUAGGCGAAUCACCAGCCGGUCUAUUAGAUCUACAAAUACCCGAUACACUACACUAUUACAUGGUCGGCGGGAAUAAACGGCAGCUAACCGGCUCGCAAAAGGAAAAGUACAAAUUGCCAUCAUUUCAAGUACGCGAAGGCGACAACGUCAAUAUCGACGUAACUGCGCCCGGUGCAACACUGGCACUUGGAUUGAUGUUCUUCAAUACGGGUAAUCGUGCAGUGGCCGGAUGGAUGGAUCCACCGAAUACACAUUAUCUACUCGAUUUGGUCCGUCCUGAUUUGCUUAUGCUACGCACAAUUGCGCGUGGUCUAAUUCUGUGGUCGGAAAUAAGAUCCGACCCCGAUUGGUUGUUUGGCCAAUUUCCGUCCAACUUCAAAAUAGAUCUUGAGCGUCCAUAUUACUGGAGUGAUAAGUAUGAAACGGGUGUGGAUUAUGAGUCUGAAGCUCAAGCCUGGUGCAAUGUCAUUGCUGGCGCAGCCUUCUGCAUGGGUCUGAAAUAUGCUGGUAGCGAAAAUCAGGAAGCCUUCAAAACACUACACAAAGCGCUCAAAACCUUUAUCGGCUUUCAAGGCAAACAUGUUUUCGAGUUUGCUGGAUAUACAACGGUGGAAUGUUGCCUCAUGGUCAUUUUAAUUGCUAUAUCCAUGGUGUUCGCCGGCUCGGGCGAUUUAGAAAUAUUGCGCAUCAUUCGCUACCUACGUUCACGCAUCAGUUUUCGUGAUCGUUGUCGUGUCAAUUAUAAUCCGAAUGUCACGUUCGGUUCUCAAAUGGCUAUACAUAUGUCAUUGGGUUUGUUAUUUUUGGGUGCUGGCCGUUACACCAUAGCUAAUACGCCAGAAGCGGUGGCUGCACUAAUAUGUGCUUUCUUCCCGAAGUUCCCCAACCAUAGUAAUGAUAACAGAUACCACUUACAAGCCUUUCGCCAUCUGUAUGUGUUGGCCGUAGAGCCGCGUCUCUUCUUACCAAGAGAUAUAGACACGAAAAAGUUGUGUCUCUGCCAAAUAUCUGUGCUGGAGUUGGGCAGUAAGGAAUUGCGGCGCCUACCCAUGGCACCGUGUAUGCUGCCACCAUUACACACCCUGCAGAAAGUAAUUGUAGACGAUGACAAUUAUUGGCCGGUUUGCUUUGAGAAGGAACGAAAUUGGGCGCAGUUGCUUAAAGCUUUAGAGAAUUCCGCCUGCAUAGACAUUAAAAAACGUUCCGGUUGCCUUUCACAUCUGGAGGAUCCCGAUCGCUUAAAGAGCCUUUUCGCGCAAACGCUCACCACCCAACAGUAUGCUUGUUGGCAUGUAAAUGCAACGGCGCUAGAGCGUUUCUCCAAUGAUCCUUUCGUUACAAGUUUCACCGAUCGCUUUCUGCAUAUUGACGCCGAGAUUAUCACACAGGAUGAGCUGUUGAAGGUGCAGCAGCUCACAAUGCUCUUCUACAAUGCUGUUAUUAAGGAUAAAAUGCAUGUUUUGCCUAUCUAUUUAACUACAUUCAAUCUCAUUCAACGCGUACAACACAAACCAGAUGCCAAAGAUAUUUGGCAAAUGAAGCUCAUGGACUUGUAUAUGGAGAAGUAUGCCGAACCCCAUGUGCUCAUAACUAGUGAAUUGAUUUGCGCUCUCGUUGAAAAAUUCAAAGUGUUCAUUGAAAAUACUCGUCGCGCACUGGCGUCAACACUGCGUAGCUUCAUCAGCACUCCAGCGCUGGAGUCAAGUAUUACUGCCGAUUUGUCCAGGGAGGAGUUGGCACGCUUACUCGCUGUUGUGAAUUUUUAUAAUUUAUCACCGAAUGUAUUGAGUUUGGUUGAUCUUAGCGGUACAGUUAACUAUAUAAGAUAUUUAUAUGAGUUUAAAAAGCUCAAUUUGGAUGUUCAUACUAUAAAUUGUUUGAUUAAAAUAUUAAUGCAAACGAGCAGUAGUAAUGAGGCUGCUUGAGCAUCUGCAGCUGGUAGUAGCAGAAAAGUGCAACAAAUGCUUAUGUAAAAUGAUAAAGGGAAAAAUUAAGUUUGUUAUCAGUUAGAAAUUGAUAAUUUUUUGUACUAAAAUAA